AUGGGCUUAACGCUUCUCAGAGACGAUGAAGCCGACUUCAUCGACAUGAUGCGCCAUUCGUCCGAGGUUCGCAAGAUACUCGCGACUGGCGAACGUGGUGCGCAGAGGCGCGCUGCCAAGAGAAUCCACAUCAAAUACCUCGAAAAGUUUGCUGAUCCUCUGCCCGGUGAAACUGACGAACAGUUCGAGGCCCGCCGUAGCGAGAACAAGAAGGCGAAGCGCCUUAUCGCUGAGGAUGCAGAUGCUUGCAAGACUCGCAAGGAGCACGCGUUCUCAGUGAGUACGCGUGGCGCAGUGGGUUUGCCCCAUACUGAUCUCCGUCCUUCUUCCUACAUCAGCGCAUACCCGCGUAGUGGUCCUUGGAAGCCACCCCUCGAAUGUACAGACGACACUAAGGCUCCGUACGACACUGACUACGAGGACUCCGAUGCGCCGGUGACACCGGAGCGUCCGGCGGACACGCCAUUGCCUUCCUCGAACGGACCCGCUGUCUCUGACAUAUACGGCCCUCUUAUUCGCAGUGUCAUCCAGCUGAGGGCCCAUGUUGACGCGCUUCCUCCCGAUGCUCGCGCGAAAGUUGUUGCGACUGUGACCAAGUUCCACGAGGAGACGGGGACCGUGGCCGAUUUGAUGGCACUUCUCCCCUCGCCAUCGUCGGGAUCGGGGAAGGACAAGCAUGAAGAGUCGCCUUCCGACACGAACACGCGAAACAAGCGCAAGUAG